CAGGGAAGCAUCUACACUGCAUGUUUAUGGAUUGACGAUAGCACUACUUUAAAUAAUGCAAAAUAUCUUCCUAACCGUAUCUUUACCUUCUGAAACGCUUGCGGGUGGGUGGUUCUCAAAGUCAGUCAGUCAGUGGCUCAUCACUUUGCCGUAGAAAAAAAGUUGACUUCACUAAGCACGUGACCAAAGAAAUUUUUGUUAUUGCAGAAGAAGAAAAAAAUAUUGGCUGCGCAAGAGAAACCUUUCGAACUCUACAACGUAGAUAGUAUGGCUUCUCGCUUCUUCCGUUCAGCAACUGAUAGCGAAUCAGAAACCGAUUCAUCUGACAACGAUUCCUUCAUCUCUGAUGAGGAAUUGUCCUCUGAUGAGGAUAUGUCCGAUGCUGACGACGAUCUGAAAAGAGACGAUCAGCCAAAGAAGAAUCGCUUCUUGAAGGGCGGUUCCGAUUCAGAUGCAGAUUCUGAUGACGAAGACGGUGGCCGGCGGCAAAUCAAGUCUCAAAAAGAUAAGAGAUACGAAGAGAUGGAAAGCUGCGUCAAGACCAUUGAGAACGGCGAAAAGAACAACGACUGGACCUUGAUUUCCAACGGCAAGUGUUAACCUACGAAUUUUU